GAGUUAUGGUCAAUGUUGGAGUUCAUGAUGCCUGAUCUCUUUGCUACUGGAGAUGUUGAUCUGAGGAAGCUUCUGAAUGCAGAAGAUAGAGACUUGAUUGCUCAAAUAAAGUCUAUCUUGGGUCCAUUUAUAUUGAGAAGAUUAAAAUCUGAUGUAAUGCAGCAGCUAGUCCCAAAGACCCAAAAGGUUGAGUAUGUGAAGAUGGAAAAUCUACAAGCAGACGCUUACAGAGAAGCAAUUGACAAUUAUCGGGCAAUUUCUCAAGCUCGUAUUUCAAAGUUAGCAAAAAUCGAUUUAAAUAGUGUUGCUAGAAUUUUGCCUCGAAGACAAAUUUCAAACUAUUUUCUUGAAUUUCGUAAGAUUGCAAAUCAUCCACUAUUGGUGAGGCGCAUUUACACAGAUGAUGAUGUUGUUCGGUUUGCUAAAGCUUUGCAUCCAAAAGGUGUAUUUGGCUUUGAAUGUACCUUGGACCGAGUGAUUGAGGAGCUUAAGAAUUACAGUGACUUCUCAAUUCAUCAGCUUUUGCUCUAUCAUGGAGAUGCAGAUGGCAAGGGAGUUCUCUCAGAUGAGCAUGUAAUGGCCUCUGCAAAGUGUCAGGCAUUAGCCGAACUCCUCCCCAUUCUACAGCAUGAAGGGCAUCGUGUUCUUAUUUUUAGCCAAUGGACGUCGAUGCUUGAUAUUUUGGAGUGGACCUUGGAUGUUAUUGGGGUCACGUACAGGCGUCUUGAUGGAAGCACUCAGGUGACAGAAAGGCAAACAAUAGUUGAUACCUUCAAUAAGGACUCUUCUAUAUUUGUGUGCUUGCUUUCAACACGAGCAGGCGGACAGGGUUUAAACUUGACUGGAGCUGACACUGUCAUAAUACAUGACAUGGAUUUUAAUCCACAGAUAGAUCGACAAGCUGAAGAUCGUUGUCAUCGCAUUGGACAAACAAAACCGGUUACAGUAUAUAGGUUAGUGACAAAGGAUACUGUUGAUGAAAAUGUGUUUGAGAUUGCAAAUCGGAAGUUAACGCUAGAUGCUGCCGUAUUACAGUCUGGGGUAGAAGUUGAGGAUGAAGGUAUGGUGCCCGAUAAGACAAUGGGAGAGAUUUUAUCAUCCCUGUUGCUUGGCUAAAAUCACAAUCUGGUAUUAGGACUCAAGUACAGUUUCUCCCUUAUCCUCCUCUCCGCCUCGUAUUUUCCCUUUUUUGUGGUGACUUUCUAACUUGUCCUGAGAGGUUAGGAAGGGAUUGCAAGUUGAGAAAGAACAUUGUACGGAGACUUGCAUAAGCUGCAUUGUUGUAACUUAUAGCAGCAAAAUUUUGUUUAUAGUAAUAGAUGAUGCAUAUGGCAGGCAGGCUCCAUCCAUCUUUCCUUUGGUGAGUAAAAAUCGAAAAAUGGGUACACAGUGAAAAUGUGGAUUUAACCGGUUUUGCA